AUGGGGAGUGAAGGAGAAGAGGGCAAAGACAGUGAGGAGGCGUCGAAGGUUUCCUCUCAGCCACCGCUUUCUUUGGUACGCCAGGGAAUUCGGGGUUUUUCCUCAUCAUCACCUCAAUAUCAUUGCCCUCCACUUCAUCCUUCUCUUCUCCGCCAAAAAGCUGCCUCCACUCACGCCCAUUCCUUCAAGAGGGUAGGGCCCCCAACAAGGCCAGCCACGAGGGCCUUCAAUCCCGCUUGCUCAGCUUUCAGUCUCUUCAAGACUCGGAUGUAUUCGACGGCUUUACCAAGGACGUUCACUUGCAAUCGGAGAGCGGAUACAGCCAUGCGCAAGCCUUGUAUGCGAGCAUUUAGGUUCUUGCGAUAUUGUCACUCGAUGGCGGUGUGGCUGGUUUUGGGCCUUGAGCCUGCCGUAGUUGGUUGUGCAGCUAUGGAGGUCGUGGUAUUGGAUGACUCCAUAGAAUGA